AGUUGGUGGGAGGCAGAAAGAAGCCUCCUGCCAUCCUCCCAACCAGUGGAGCUUCCACAUUUCCAAAUCUUACCAGUCAACAACUCUCAACUCCCCCACCCUCCCCUUUCCCUUUUUUAAGAACCCUAAUCCCCCUUCCCCCCUCCUGCUGCCAUCAAAACCUUUCCUUUAAUCCCCAUCCCCCCUCAAAUCCCCUCCUUCCCUCUUCCCCCAUCGCCAAAGUCCCAUCUUUCCCUUAAAAAAAAAAAAAAUGCAGAUCCAAUCAACCUCCCUCCCCCUCCUCCUCCUCCUCUUCCUUUCCCUCUCACCCCUCUCCUCCUCCCAACAAAGCUGCACAUCCGACACGUUCUCCCAAAACAGACUCUUUUCUCUCUGCAACUCUCUCCCCGUCCUCUCCUCCACCCUCCACUGGACCUAUCAUCCGGCGAACUCCACCGUCGACGUCGCCUACCGCGCCCCUCAAAAAUCCGACGGAUGGAUCGCUUGGGCUCUCAACCCCACCGGCUCCGGCAUGGAUGGAGCUCAGACAAUCUUCGCCUUCCACGAUUCCAGGAACGUGAUGACCACCGUAUCUUCGCCUAUAACUCUAUCCAAUCCCGUGGUGAAGAACUCGAGUCUUAGCUUCAAGGUUUACAGAAUGGGUUCUGAGUUUUCCAGCAAUAUGAUGACGAUUUAUGCGACGAUUCAGCUGCCGGGAAACAGGACGAGGGUGAAUCAUGUGUGGCAAGCUUCCAAUACCUUCUCUAAUGGAUUGCCGUCCGGUCAUCCGACCACCGGGCCAAAUGUUCAGUCGACGGCGACGCUGGAUUUUCUGUCCGGCCAGUCGUCGGCCGCCGCCGGGAGUUCGAGGCUGCAUCGCAAGAACACACAUGGAGUUUUGAAUGCGGUGAGUUGGGGGAUUUUGAUGCCCAUUGGAGCCAUAAUUGCAAGGUACAUGAGAGUGUUCAAGUCUGCUGAUCCAGCAUGGUUCUAUCUACAUGUUGCUUGCCAGUGCUCUGCUUAUGUAGUCGGAGUCGCCGGAUGGGGGACCGGUCUUAAACUCGGCAGCGACUCGAAGGGAAUCACCUACCACUCGCAUCGCAACAUCGGCAUCACUCUCUUCACCCUCGCUACCCUUCAGGUAUUUGCGUUGCUUUUGAGGCCGAAGAAGGAUCACAAAUAUCGCUUAUAUUGGAACAUAUACCAUCAUGCCGUCGGGUACACCGUCAUCGUCCUCAGCAUUGUCAACAUCUUCAAGGGAUUCGAUAUCUUAGACCCCGACGAAAAGUGGAAGCAUGCUUAUAUCGGGAUCAUUGCGUCGCUCGGAGGCAUCGCCGUGAUCCUCGAAGUCUUUACUUGGGGAGUUGUUUUGAAGAGGAAGAGGGCAGGUGGAUCUGAUAAGUCUCACAAUGGUGUUAAUGGAGUAAAUGGCACUAAUGGUUAUGGUGCAAGACAACAUCAAGGAGUUUAGAAAUCUAAUGUCAUAUAUAUAUAUAUAUAUAUAUAUAUGUGGAGAUUGGAGAAGGAUUUCUGUUAAGGUUUGGUUCUUUUUGUGUGUUUGUUGGCUGAUAUUUUUUAUUAGGGUUUGGGUUUAUAUUAUUAAUUUGUUACUUGGU